AUGUCUUCUGUCGUUCCUCGUCAGGGUUCGGCCGUUGGACAUGACGAUGGUAGCGUUGCGGUAGAAGCUCGACAAGAAGCCCCGGAACUGUCACAGAACCGUGUGGCUACGUACUCUCACGAUAACGUCUUUGCCCGCAUCCAGUCUCGUGGUGCCAACAAUGGUCACGUUGCUGGCGGUCAACUUCGAGAACACAGCAUUGCGAGCCUGGAAGCCGACAUGGCCAGGUACCAGCCGACGCAAUCGAUCAUUACUGUUCCGUCAAACUCAAACUCGGCUGGUAUUGGUGCACAGUUUGAGGGAUCGUUCAGAGGUUCGUCGCCAGUUCCUGUCCCUAGAUCUUGGGUCAUAAGCUAA